GGGCUUCCGGGCCCACUGGUCCGUCGCCUCCGCGGCCCCCAACCCCUGCCCGGGUCCGCUGGUCCGUGCCCGCCCGCUCCCCGGGCCUCGCGCCCGUCCGUUCCGCCCUCGCCCGCGGACCCGGUCCGGAAGGCUACACCGGCCCCGCCGUCCUCGGCUGGGCCACGCGGUCCUGCCUUCAGCCUCCGGACGGGCCUGCGGGCGAGAGCCGCUGUCCUGCCCUGGCCGCGAGCCUGGUGGACGUGGGCGGGGGAUCCGGAGGGAAAAGGUCUCACGGGUCCUGUCCUGGGAGGAGAGCAGCGGGGAGAAGCCGGCGCUGGUCCAGUCCCGACCGCGUGCCCCUGAUCCGCUUGGCGCCUCAGCGGCAGUUUGGGCCGGACUGCACGCGGCCCCUCACUGCACCUGUGUUGUUAAAGAACUCUUUUCUUCUCUGGGAGUUGACUAUAAUAUCUUGGAACUUGAUCAAGUUGACGAUGGGGCCAGUCUUCAAGAGGUGCUGUCGGAGAUCACUAAUCAGAGGACCGUGCCCAAUAUCUUUGUGAAUAAAGUGCACGUGGGCGGAUGUGACCAAACUUUCCAGGCACAUCAGAGUGGUUUAUUACAGAAGCUCCUUGAGGAAGAUCCAGCAUAUGAUUACGACCUCAUUGUCAUUGGUGGUGGCUCUGGCGGCCUUUCGUGUGCUCAGGAAGCUGCCGUUUUGGGGAGGAGAGUCAUGGUGCUGGGCUUCGCGGUCCCGUCGCCCCAGGGCACAUCGUGGGGUCUGGAUGGCACUUGUGUGAAUGUCGGCUGCAUCCCUAAGAAGUUGAUGCACCAAGCCGCCCUUUUGGGCCAGGCGCUAACUGACUCAAGGAAGUUUGGCUGGGAGUACAAUCAACAAGUGAAGCACAACUGGGAGACCAUGACCGAAGCCAUUCAGAACCACAUCGGCUCUCUGAGCUGGGGCUACCGGCGGGCUCUGAGGGAGACGGCGGUGGCCCACGUCAACUCCUGCGGGGAAUUUGUUGAACACCAUAAAAUCAAGGCAACCAAUGGAAAAGGACAGGAAACGUAUUAUACUGCAGCAAAAUUUGUCAUAGCAACAGGGGAAAGGCCGCGCUAUUUGGGAAUCCAAGGAGAUAAGGAAUACUGUAUUACUAGCGAUGACCUCUUCUCUCUGCCCUACUGCCCGGGCGCGACCCUGGUGGUGGGCGCAUCCUCCGUGGCGCUGGAGUGCGCAGGCUUCCUGGCCGGCCUGGGCCUGGAGGUCACGGUCAUGGUGCGCUCGCAGCUCCUGCGGGGCUUCGACCAGGAGAUGGCCGAGAAGGUGGGCUCCUCCAUGCAGCAGCUCGGCGUCCGAUUCCUGCGCAAGUUCGUGCCCGUGGAGGUUCAGCAGUUGGAGAAGGGGUCACCCGGGAAGCUGAAGGUAGUGGCUCAAUCUACGGAAGGAACAGAGAUGAUUGAGGGCCUUUACAACACGGUUUUGUUAGCAAUUGGUCGUGACUCCUGUACGAACAAAAUCGGGCUGGAGAAGAUUGGUGUCAAAGUCAAUGAGAAGACUGGCAAAAUCCCAGUGAACGACAUGGAGCAGAGCAGCGUGCCCUACGUCUACGCCGUCGGGGACGUCGUGGAGGGUAAGCCUGAGCUCGCGCCCGUCGCCCUGCAGGCGGGCAAGCUGCUGGCUCGAAGGCUUUUUGGGGGCCGUGUAGAAAAGUGUGACUAUAUUAAUGCCCCCACCGUGGUGUUCACGCCCCUGGAGUACGGCUGCUGCGGGUACGCGGAGGAGAAAGCCGUGGAAGUGUACCGGAAGGAGAAUCUGGAAGUCUACCACACUUGGUUCUGGCCUCUCGAGUGGACAGUGGCCCGCAGAGACGGCAACACCUGUUACGCAAAGAUCAUCUGCAGUAAAUUCGACAAUGAUCGGGUGAUAGGAUUUCACGUCCUUGGACCGAAGGCUGGUGAGAUCACCCAAGGAUUUGCAGCCGCCAUGAAAUGUGGGCUCACAAAGCAGCUUCUGGACGACACCAUUGGGAUCCACCCCACGUGUGCAGAGGUGUUCACCACCUUGGAGAUCACGAAGUCAUCGGGGCUGGACAUCACGCAGAAGGGCUGCUGAGGCUAAGCCGCUGCUGUCGCUUUCCUUGUCCCGCUCCCGUUUCUGUGAAGACGGCCUGCUCUCGGGUAAGCCCGGGGACAGCGUGGG